AUGGAAGAUGCAGAAGUCAAAGACUAUUCCCAUUCGUGCAAGCUUUGGAAAAUCAUCAUGCCGGCUACAUACCUCGUUACCGGUACCAGCAGCGGUAUCGGCCUGGACCUGGUAAAAACGCUCGCUGCUCGCGGAGACAAGGUGUAUGCCACGGUGCGGCAGUCGCGCGGCAGCUCCAUGACCGGUGAGGACCAGCUUUCGUCCGUGGCUGGGGACGUGACAGUCAUUGAAAAUGUGGACGUCAGCGAUGACAAUGUCGGUAGCGUCUUGAAAAAGGCCUUGGACGGAAUCACAAUCGAUGUGGUCAUCCACAACGCAGGCUCGGUCAAUGCAACGCGCGAGUUGAAGGGCGGGGACAUCUUUGCGGAGCAAAAGCUGGGAAAGAUAAACUACAAGACCAUGGUACGCGGGAAACGUAGACUAGAGAAAACCUGCAUCGCUGUGACGUUAUUGUGCAGCGGCCCCGUGCUCCAUGAGAAGAUAUGGAUGCAAAUUCGGGAGGUCGGAGUUUAGCUGAGUUUGCUGCAAUAGAAGGGCCCGUUUGUAAGUGAUGCAUUUUUCUUUUCGAUAGACGCUGCGAACGUUUGAUACGAACUGUGUUGGGAUUUUGCGUGUGCAGGAAGCCGUCAACGACCAGAUCCGCCUAUCGUUCGCAGAAGAUUACACGCACCCUUGCUUUUUAUCCCACGCGGCUUGUAUGAAAGUGUAAAUUUUGUUUGCGUGCGAGGAUUCAUCCGGUUUACUUAUCCAUUUCCGAUGUCACGCUGCGAUGCAUGUGUGUGGGAAGGAAGGGUGGGAAUUACGUGUUUUGCAAAGUGAUGCUCAUCGCCGGGUGGGAAGAUCGUUCUUCUCUCGACAGGAAUGGGCUCUAUUGCGGAUAACGGGUACAGUUUUCUUUGCAUGCCUUGUUACAACGAUGCGGCGUUGUUGAUCUCGCCUAACACUGCGGAAAAGGGGCAAGUAGGCGAACACAUAGCACGUCUGUAAAUGGAAAACGCGCACUUCUUUUUCAAGGUCUCUUGCUGGGAAAAAACGGAAAAAAGAAAAACUGAAACAGGUCGGGCGGUGUGUACGCCUAUCGUUGCAGCAAGGCAGCUAUGAACAUGGUGGCAAAGGGGCUGUCUUGCGAUCUGAAAGAAAAGCAGAUCUGUGUAUGUCCGAUCGCGCCGGGAAUGGUCACAACCGAGUUCGGAAUGGGCUCUCAGGUAUGACAAUUUCCCCCUAUUUUUAAAACUUACGCCGCUUUCAUCUUGAUACGAUCAUCAAACUGGUUGACACUGGCGCGAACCUCAGGAUUGGAAGUCGUGGUUGAAGUUGGCUGUGAUUAGUUGUCCUAGAAGCGGUUGAUCAUUGCGCGUUGAAAAUUGACGCUUACAUCACUCGCGAUCCCCAUCAGGCGAUGUCAAGCUUUGGCGCCGCACCUGUUUCGCAAGCAACGAAGGGAAUUCUGGACAGUAUCAAAACUGCAGAAACAUUCGUCGCGAUCCGUCUUACCGUUUGAGACGAUUUUCCUGCAUAAACGUACUAUAUGCAAUGUAUGCAAAAACGCAGUCUCGUAUGGCGUCACGGAAAGUGACGAUGACGUUGCAUUCGUGUUCACGACAAAUAAUGUUUUCGCUGCGAUGAAUGUCCUCGAGACCAAAAUGGGCAUGGACGGAACUGGGGUGUAUUGGAUGAUACCCACGAGCGGAGACCCACCCAAGGUGAUGCCCUGGUAGAAGAAUCGUACCCGCCGGGAGUGCAUGCACCAGCAGCAACCGCAGGAUGAUUUGAAUUUAGUGGCAUGAAACGCAUAGGGAAAAAGACGAGGUUGUCAAAUUCAUUAGGACGUCAACGUCCUCGUUUUUCAACAUGAACAUGUUAUUCGCCUCCUGCCGCAGAUUUUCUCUCUCAUGACUCGAGCUUGUUGGUACUGAAUUCGACUCAGCGACGAACAAAGUGUAGUGAU